AAAUAUCCACCAUGCCUCGCGCAGAAGUCGGCACUCCGAAAUACCUCGCCAACAAGAUGAAGUCCAAAGGGCUGCAACGACUCCGUUGGUACUGCCAAGUCUGUAGCAAACAAUGUCGAGACGAGAACGCGUUCAAGAUGCACGCCUCUAGCGAGGGACACAUGCGGCAGAUGCUCGUGAUCGGACAGAACGCCAAUAGGCAUAUCGCCGAUUACUCCAGUCAGAUGCAGCACGAUUUUGUCCAAUUGCUCUCGAGGAGACACGGGACGAACCGGGUCAAGGCGAAUAAUGUUUAUCAGGAGUAUAUCCAGGAUAAGGAGCAUGUGCAUAUGAACGCUACACGCUGGGUGACGUUGUCGGAGUUUGUGAAGCAUCUGGGGAGAGCAGGGAUUGCUAGAGUGGAGGAGACGGAUAAGGGCUGGUUCAUUGCUUGGGUGGAUAAUAGCCCUAAGGCACUGGCGAAGGCGGAAGCGAAUAUGAAGAAGGAAAGGGAGGAGAUGGAUUCUGAGCAGAGGGAGAGGAAGUUUUUGCAGUUGCAGAUCGAGAGGGCCAAGGAGGAGAGUGGGGAAGGGAGUGGGAGCGGAGAGGGGAAGGAGCUGAAGAGAGCGGAAGGGGAAACGGUGAGGCUUUCACUUGGUGUUAAGCCUCCAGAAGGGGAAACGCCUGCAGCGCCUGCCCCUGCAGCGACAGCGACAGCGCCGGUCGCGCCAGUCAAGUUCAACGUGUUUAAGAAACCGCUGCUGGGUGGGAAUGCGCUCAAGGGAACGUUGAAGAGUGCGCCUGUGACUGUGCCUGUGCAGGGGGAGAAACGGAAGAUGGAGGAGAUGAGUGUUGCUGAGAGGUUGAUGUUGGAGGAUAUGGAUCGGAAGAAACGGAGGGUUUGAUGGGUGUGGAUGUGGACGUUGUGGGUUUGAUGUGGGUGUGGGUUGUGUAGAUCAGUGUAUAGUGCUUGUUACAGACAGGAUGUACAAUGUAUGACUUGAUGUAGA